GAGGGACGUGGAAGGCCUCGUCCAUGUAGGGGCCGCGCUGGCGGCGGUUGAUGGCCGCGAAGAGCAGGCACGACAGCAGGAAGGCUCCGCUCAGGGCGGCGGAGAACGCACGAGCCGUGUGUCUUCGUGUAAUCGUCCCUGUGGCGGGGACGCUGCCGGGGCCCGCCUGCUCCGGCCGAGCGAGAUGGAUCUGACCCAUCGGCUGGAGCUGUUCCCCGACUGCAGCGUGACGCUGCUCCUCUUCAACCACGUCAAAAAUGCCGCUGCUCUACGAAAAAAGGCCAUGGAAGGGUCUAUUGAAGGAGCACUGAUCAACCCUGCGAUGAUUGUAGAUCCUUUUCAGAUUCUUGUGGCGGCCAACAAAGCAGUUCAUCUACACAAGAUAGGUAAAAUGAAGACCAGAACUCUCUAUGCAGAAAUUAUUUUCAACCUUUCACCAAACAACAAUAUUUCAGAUGCAUUUAAAAAGUUUGGCAUUUCAGACAAUGAUGAAGCCCUACUCAUCGUUCUGGUUGUGGACAGAGAAAAAACUGUAAAUUUGGAAGAUAUAAUAUCUCAGGUAGAAGGCCAACAGGUUUCCCUAGAUGAACUCCCACAGUUAACAGAUAUUGUCAAAGUCAAAAAGGUGUACAAAGUUACUCCACAGGAAGAAAAGAUCGGCACCUUAGUGGAUAGCAUUGUUUGCAGAAUGUCAACAAAAGAUGUUCUAUGAAAAUGUGGAAAUAAAUUUUUAUUAAAGGAAAAAGAAAGCUU